CCGCAAUCAUUCAUAUAGUAUCAGAGUGGUCAUCUCACAUUAUGACACAAUGAUAAGACAUUUCAAAUCAUAACGCAGGGUUGUCCAAAGAGCCAGUUCAACAUCCUGGACUGAAUUUACCACGGAAAUCAUCAUUUCCCGGUCGGUGGUGAGGAGCCCAGUGUAAACAUGAGCACCUGGAACACUAAGCAAGCCCCAGACGGUGGAUGGGGUUGGGCCAUUGUGGUUGCUUCUUUCAUGGGUCAGCUCCUGGCCUAUGGUUCGCCCCAGUCAGUGGGGGUGCUCUACCCAGAAUGGCUGAACACCUUCCAGGAUGGCAAAGGCAUGACGGCGUUGGUCGGCUCUCUCGUAUCUGGGGUCGGACUCAUUGCUAGUCCCAUCUGCAGUGCCUGUGUUGUGAAUUUCGGGGCCAGACCCGUGACCAUCUUCAGUGGGGUCAUGGUCUCCGGAGGACUUAUGCUUAGCGCUUUUGCACCCAAUGUUCAGUUUCUCAUAUUUUCCUAUGGGAUUGUUGUUGGACUAGGCUGUGGACUUGUUUAUGCUGCUACUGUAACCAUCACAUGCCAGUAUUUUGACAAGAGACGCGGUCUUGCUCUUGGCAUUGUUACAACAGGUACAAGUAUUGGAGGUUGUCUCUACGCUACUGUGCAGAAUGAGUUCAUUGCAUUCUUUGGACUCGACGGCUGCCUUUUGCUUAUUGGCUGUUUUGCACUAAACAUCAUCGCCUGUGCUGGACUUAUGAGACCCCUGCACCUGCCGGCCUACUACCUGAAACAGAGAGCAGCGCUGGCCGAGAAGGCAGAGGAGAAGGUUCUGGAAAUGGCCCCUGUUGUGGAGGACCCAAUCAAGAAAAAUCAGUCCGUCAACGUACUAAUCACAGGGGAGACGAAAGACCCUCCACCACCGUAUGAGAAGAGCCUCGUGAGUUACAUGGCGUUGGUGCGGCUCGUGAAGAAGAAGCAGAAGGAGUACUCUGAAUACUUGCACUCGACGGCGGAACUGCUUCAGAACAGGGUCUUCUUGGCUACGUGCGUGUCUUUGUUCGCAUAUUGCUUGGGAGCGUACACUCCUCUUCUCUUCCUGGAGGAUUUGGCGCAGAGCGAGGGUCUGAUCAGUGGCAUCAGCACCAUCCCGCUGGUCUCCAUCAUGUCCAUUGCUGCUGGAGUGGGGAAGAUGCUGCUGGGCGUCACGAUGGACAUCCGCUGGAUGAACAGCAUCUUUCUGUACGUCUUCACCCUGCUGGGAACAGGGGUGGCUCUUCUCAUAAUCCCCGUUACCAGGAACUACGCUGGGCUGCAGGUCAUCUCAGCGCUGCUGGGUUUUUUUUCUGGGAACUGGUCUGUCAUACCUUACAUGACUACUAAGGUUGUGGGAAUGGAUCGUCUGACUGAGGCAUAUGGCAUCUUGAUGUUCUUCGGUGGAUUUAGUAUAAUGCUCGGACCACCAGUCGCAGGCUGGAUUUACGACUGGUUGCACUGCUAUGACCUGGCGUUCUACUUCAGCGGGAGUUUCGUGCUGCUGGGAGGAGCCGGCCUUUUCCUCGCUGCCUUGUGCUGUCAGAACAAGAACCAGGAUGAAACCAACAUGUCAGACACAGAAAGCAUUAAUGACUAUGACAAAGUGGUAACGGUUGCCUGAAGCAUGACUACAAGAUGAACUGCUGUUCAGCGGAUGAAUUCUCACACCUUGUAAUUACAAAUAACUGAAAUGUACUUUACAUCAGUGUUUUUUACUCAUGCUACACUGAAGAAUUCUAGCAAAUGGUUAAAGGACUGUCCUUAGGCUUGUCAUUUGUGGCGAUGGUGGAGUCCUCAGUGCCAUGUGUCAUCAGUCUCAUAGAAACAAUGUUUUCAAACGUCUCAAGUUUUAU